AUGCGCGGGGCGCGCCGGUGCGCACGCCGCCCGCCCCCGGCCCCGCCCCGCCCGGCCCCGGCGCCGCGGCCACACCGGGAAGGGCUCCAGGCGCUAUGGCGGCGGCUGCGCGCAAGGUCGGAGGAAAGUUCCCGCGGUCGGCGGCCGCUUGAGCGGCAGGAGCGACCGAGCGGGAGCGCCCGGGCCCGGCCGCCAGGCCUCUCCCGCCGGCGGGGCAGCGGAGCGGCGCUGGGCGGGCGGAGAGCGCGGGGGUGCGCAGCGGGCCCGCCUCAUGCGCAGCCACCUGCGGAGGGGCUGAGCGGAGCUGCCGCCGCCGCGCCGGGGGCUCCUGGCGGGCACUGCCCGGGGCAGCCCCCGCCCGCCCCGGCACCGCCGCCGCCGAGGGACGGACGGACGGACGCCGGCCCUGCCGCCGCCAGAGUCACCGCCGGGGAGCGACCUGUCAGCGCACCUCACAGGCCGGCCCCGAGGACCCUUCUCACGCGCUGGUUUGUCCCCGGGAGAAGGAGAGUUGGGAGCUCUCUCCAUGCCUUAUCAAGUUCCUUAUCUGAGCGGCUGCCAGGCGCUCUAGACCAGUUCGACUUUAUCUGGUGCAGGGGAGCAAAACAGUGUAUCUCUCGCACCCCAUCCCAAAUCGAGGACCACCUAUUUUGCCGUAUUUUAAUUCACGAAGAUGCUGAAAUGUGGAUUGCCGUGCGAAGCAGCUAGAUCCCUGUUGUGGAGCGAGGGC